UUGGUUUAAUGCUUAACUUGCUCGUCUCCAGUACAGGCUGAGAGUCCCGGCUGUAUCACUGCUGCCUGCUGACUGUCAGAGGAGAAACACAGCCUGCGUUGUGUUAGGCGUCGUAUCUGGAACCAGGAAGUGGAAGAAGGGAUCAUUGGGAGCACUUGGAGAGGUUUCAGUCGGGGUCAAGAGGCACCAUGGGCAAGAACAAGAAGGAGGAGGCAGUGAGAGAGAGAUAAAGGUGGGACCCUCUUAGCUACUACUCAUAUCAACCUACGCUACACCAGGAAAAAAGGAAAGUACUCUUCUGGCUGGCUUAACCGCUUGAGUUCGUUCAACUUUAUAGCCACGUCUCUGCGCUGCUUAUCUUAUUAUCUUAAUAUCUUAUUUCAAUCCUCACCACCAUUUAAAAAAAAAAAAAUACCUGUUUAGUGGGUGGAGAUGAAGAACGAGAACACAGACGAGCUGAAGCUGGAGCACUGGAAGGAGCUGGAGCAGCCAUGCGGAAUUAAGGUGUUCCUGACCGUCCUCUACAGUGCCAUGCUGAUGAUGGGGAUUGUGGGCAACAGCAUCACCAUCAGGGUCAGCCAGGUUCUGUGGAGGAAGGGCUACCUGCAGAAGAGCGUGACGGACCACAUGGUGAGCCUGGCAUGUUCCGACAUCCUGGUGCUGCUCAUAGGCCUCCCUGCGGAGCUCCACGAUGCCAUUUGGUUUCCCUUCUCCUCCUCUUCAUGCAACGCUGUCUGCAAGACCUACAACUUCCUGUUCGAGGCCUGCAGCUACGCCACCAUCCUGAAUGUGGCCACGCUCAGCUUCGAGCGCUACAUCGCCGUCUGCCAUCCUUUCAGGUUCAAGUCCCUGUCGGGCUCCCGCACUGUCCGGCUCAUCGUCUUCGUCUGGAUAACCUCGGCGCUGGUGGCCCUGCCGCUGCUCUUUGCCAUCGGCGCCGAGGACCCGGUCGGCAUCCUGGGGGUGAAGAACGAGACUUCCCUGGCAGUCAACGUGCGGAACCUCACCUUCUGCACCAACCUCAGGGGAAAGUGGGGCGUGUACAGGUCCAGCGUCUUUGUGGCGUUUGCUGUCUAUGUCGUCAUCCUGGCCAGCGUGGGCUUCAUGUGCCGGAGCAUGAUCCGGGUGCUAGCGGGAACCGAGGUCAGAUCGGGAGAGCGGGACGGCAACAGCACGAUAGCCCUUCCCAAGCAGAGUUCAAAGGUCAAAGCUACCAGGAAGCAGACGAUUGUGUUUUUAGGUUUAAUUGUGGUGGCUCUUGCAGGAUGCUGGAUACCCAAUCAGAUCCGUCGGCUGAUGUCGGCGGCCAAGCCCAAAUCCGAGUGGACUUUGUCCUACUUCAGGGCCUACGUCACCCUCCACCCUAUCGCCGACACCUUUUUCUACCUCAGCUCUGUGAUCAACCCCUUCCUCUACAACCUCUCCUCCCGCAAGUUCCGCCGAGUCUUUGUGCAGGUGCUGCGCUGCCGGCUGACCAUCGAGCACAUCAACAAGAGGACCCUGAACAUUCCGGACGGCACCUCUGCCCGUUUGGUGCGCCCCCUGCUGCUUAGAUCCCUUCGGCGCAGCCAGCCCACCGUGGCCAAGGAUGACCCCAAGACUUGUGCCACUUCCCAGAUGGAAGGCCACACUGCACCUCACCACAAGGAUUUGGUGACACCCUCAGAGUCUUCCGAGCCAAGCACGGUGCAGACAUCACUAAAUGAAAUCUGAGUCCUGCUGAAGAUGUACAGAGUAGGUCUC